AUGACCAAUCUGAGUGUGACAUCUCAAUCCUCCCAGGAUGCUAUACAAGAUUUUCUAAAACUAUACAAUCGGACAGAGUUCCCAAAUACAUAUUUUAGGCCUGAAGGUAUCAUUGUUGGGACUUUUGUUCUUUUUACAUCCUUUUUUGGACUUCUGGGGAAUGGAACAGUCAUCUGGCUUCUUGGCUUCCAAAUGAAAAGGAAUAGUUUUACCACCUACGUCCUGAACUUGGCUGUUGCAGACUUUGGGGUCCUCAUAGCAAUACCAUUAAAAGCAAUAGGUGAGGCUCUUAAAUCUCAGCCACAUAAAAAGUACGUUGGUUUGCAAUUGGCUCUUUUUUCUUCUUCUUUAAUAUUUUUCAUGCACACCACGAGUAAACUUCUACUAACAACAAUCAGUAUUGACAGAUGUGUGGCUGUCUUCUUCCCAAUUUGGCAUCGAUGCCAUCGGCCGAAAAAAAUACCCACCAUUUUGUGCACCCUCACGUGGGUUCUCGCUUUAAUUUUCUAUGGAAUUCAUUUGCUAGUUCUGUUUUUUUGCCAUGGCCUAUUAUUCCAGGUUAUUGUGAAUGUUCUGAUCUGUUAUCCACUGAUGGCUACUUCCACAGUGACCCUGCUUGUUAAAGCCUGCUCUAAAGGACACAAACUUAGGAGGACAAAGAGGUUAAUGGUAAUUCUGCUUACACUGUUAUUUUGCCUAAUCCUUGAUAUUCCAACAAAUCUCUAUGCUGUUUUUAGUUAUUCUUACUUUUCAAAUUGUUUUUUUCUCAAUAAAUUGUCCAAUUCUGAUUUUGGUUACCUAGAAUUAGUUCACAUGGAACUGAAUAUCUUGAAAUCCCAGUCACAUUUGCUUAUGACUUCUGAGACCAUUUCAUUUGUCUCUGUCUGUCUAAAUAGCAGUAUCAACCCAAUGCUUUAUUUAAUUGCUGGGAGAGGAAGGAAAGUUCAGUCCAGGGUAUCGAUGAGAGUUAGACUCCAGAGUGUUUUCACUGAUGAAGAAAGCCUCAGGAACGAAGGGGACCACCCAGUUUAA